AUGUUCGAAGCUGCUGCUGCUGAGCUGAGAGUGAAACCGGGGCGCAAACUUGGUCUUCUUCAGCGCCAUCUGCACAGGUCCAGUCCGAGUCCACAGAACAGAAGUCAGGUCCAGUCCGAGUCCACAGAACAGAAGUCAGGUCCAGUCCGAGUCCACAGAACAGAAGUCAGGUCCAGUCCGAGUCCACAGAACAGAAGUCAGGUCCAGUCCGAGUCCACAGAACAGAAGUCAGGUCCAGUCCGAGUCCACAGAACAGAAGUCAGGUCCAGUCCGAGUCCACAGAACAGAAGUCAGGUCCAGUCCGAGUCCACAGAACAGAAGUCAGGUCCAGUCCGAGUCCACAGAACAGAAGUCAGGUCCAGUCCGAGUCCACAGAACAGAAGUCAGGUCCAGUCCGAGUCCACAGAACAGAAGUCAGGUCCAGUCCGAGUCCACAGAACAGAAGUCAGGUUCAGCAGGACCUCGGCACGUGCAGCAUUGGUAUUUCUGUGCAACUGUGGUUUAUGCUAA